AUGCAGUCUUGUGCUAGGUGUGGGUUUGUGGUCUACCCAGCAGAAAAGAUCAACUGCAUUGACCAGAACUGGCACAAAGCAUGUUUUCACUGUGACGUCUGCAAGAUGGUUCUCACUGCUAAUAACUUCGUCAGCCACAAAAAGAGGCCAUACUGCUCCGUGCACAAUCCGAGGAACAACACCUUCACCAGUGUUUACGAGACUCCCAUCAACAUCAACGCCAAGAAGCAAAGCAAGGCCAGCAGUGAGCUGAAGUAUCGUGAGGAUGGCGAACGCUUUAUGUCCACCUUCCACUGUGACAUGAGAUCCAUGGAGCUGGAGAAGGCUCGUCUAGCCAGUCAGAUGACCAGCCAGGCCUUUCAGGCUCAGACAGAGUUCUCCCAGCAGCAGAGCUGGUAUUCAGGAAUGGUGACCAACCAAGAGAUUGUGACUAUGUCUAAGUCACAAAAUGCCAUCAGCGAUGUGAAAUAUAAAGAGGAAUAUGAAGAGGCAAAGGGAAAAGGCAGCUUCCCAGCAAUGAUCACACCAGGUUACCAAACUGCAAAGAAUGCCAAUACUUUGGCUAGUACUCUGGAAUAUAAAAAAGGUCAUGAAGAAAGAGUUUCAAAAUACACAACAUUUGUUGAUUCCCCAGAGGUACUUCUGGCUAAGAAACAAGGACAAAUUCUCAGCGACCUUACCUACACGGAAGAAUAUGAGCAGCAGAAGGGGAAAGGUAGCUUCCCAGCACAUCUCACCCCAGGAUACAAGGUUUCAAAGAAGGCAAUGGAACAGGCUAGUGAUAUCAAGUAUCGUCAGACCUAUGAGCAGGAGAUGAAGGGCAAAGCCAGCACUGAGGCAGCAGCUGCUGAGAUGGUGCAUGCCAGAGAGAAUUCAGAGAAUUUCAGUCAGAUUGCCUACACAGAAGAAUAUGAGCAGCAAAGAGGUAAAGGAAGUUUCCCUGCCAUGAUCACUCCCGGUUAUCAUCUUGCAAAGAAGGCACAGGAAAAUGCUAGUAAUUUAAAAUACAGAAAGGACUUAAACAAGAUGAAGGGCACAUCCCACUUCCAUAGUUUAACAUCGGAAGACAAUCUGACAUUGAAGAAUGCCAAAAAAGCCCACAAGAUUUUCAGUGAGGUAGAGUAUAAGAAAGACUUGGAAAACACCAAAGGUCACAGCAUCAACUUCUGCGAGACACCACAAUUUCAAAAUGCUGCCAAGGUUGCCAAGUUCACCAGUGAUAACAAAUAUAGAGAGAAGUACACUAGUGAUUUAAAGGGCCACUAUGAGGACUCAGGAAUUGAUAAGAGGACCAUGCAUGCCAUGAAAGCGGGGACGCUGGCGAGUGACAUUUCAUAUAAACAAGGAAAUGAACAGGAGCAGGGUGACUACAACUAUCCAGCCACCCUCACACCUGGUUACCAGAGCCAAAAGAAGCUGGACCCACUGAAAGACAAGAACUACAGGCAACAUAUUGACCAAGUCAAAUACAAGUCGGUGACUGACACUCCUGAGAUUGUUUUAGCCAAGAAAAAUGCUCAGCUUGUCAGUAACUUAAAGUAUAAAUCCGGCUAUGAAAAGACGAAGCACCAGUACACUCUAUCCCAGGAUCUUCCGCAAAUCCAAAACGCUAAAGCCAAUGCUGCUUUGUGUAGUGAUAUUAAAUAUAGAGAAGAGUGGGAGAAGACCAAGUCUAAAGCAUGUGAAACCGGUGUAGACGACCUUAGCGUGAAAGCUGCCAAAGCCUCCCGAGACCUCGCCAGUGAUAUUAAAUACAAAGAGUCCUAUAUGAAAAACAAGGAAACGGCAGUUGGGGUCAACAUGAGCGAUUCCAAGACAAUGCACUCUCUUCAAGUGGCCAAGAUGAACAGCAAUAUUGAGUACAAAAAGGGCUCCAAGGAAAGUCAGGCCCAGUACAGCCUUCCACUGGACAUGAUCAACCUGAGUCACGCCAAGAAGGCUCAGGCUCUUGCUAGUGAUCUAGAUUAUCGCACAAAGCUCCACGACUACACCGUCAUGCCCGACGACAUCAAAGUCCAGCAGGCCAAAAAGGCUUAUGCCCUUCAGAGUGAGAACCAGUACCGUUCCGAUCUGAACUGGAUGAAGGGGGUGGGCUGGGAGGCAGAGGGAUGCCUCAACAUUACACAAGCCAAGAAAGCUGGAGACCUGCUCAGUGAUACCAAAUACCGUCAGAAGGCCGACAGAAUCAAGUUCACCCACGUGGCAGAUGACCUCUCCAUCAAACACGCCAAAAAAAGCCAAGAUCUACAAAGCAAUUUGGCUUACAAAGCAAACACAGAGCAAAUCAUACACCAGUAUACAAUGAGGAACGACGAACCACUUUUCAGACAAGCAAAAGCAAAUGCUGACCUGCUCAGCGGGAAAGUGUACAAGAGUCAGUGGGAGAAACAAAGGGACAAAGGCUUUGAGCUUCGCUUGGACUCUCUGUCUAUACUCACAGCCAAGGCAAAGAGGGACUUGGCAAGUGAUGUCAAAUACAAGGAGAAGUAUGAGAAAAGUAAAGGCAGAGCUAUUGGUAUUAAGUCAGUCAGUGACGACUCUCAGAUGGCUCACUCUGCUCUGGCCACAAAACUUCAGAGUGACCGAUACUACAAAAAGAAUUACGAGGACAAUAAAGCCAAAUACUGUGCUUCUCUGGACAUGUUGAAUAUCAGUCACGCCAAAAAAGCUCAAGACCUGGCCACCGAGACCAAUUACAGGACUUUCCUCCAUGAGUACACCACUCUGCCAACGGACAUGAACGUAGCCUGGGCAAAGAAAGCUUAUGACUUACAGAGUGAUAGACAAUACAGGUCAGACCUGAACUGGAUGAAGGGUGUUGGGUGGGAGGCCUCAAAAUCUCUGGAUGUUCAACAGGCAAAGAAAGCUGGAGACCUGCUCAGCGAGAAAAAGUACCGUCAGGAUGUGAGUGCUCUGAAGUUUACCAGUGUUGAGGAGACACCAGAGAUGACACAAGCCAAACUCAGCAACAAACUGGCCAUUGAUAGGUUGUACCGGGAGAAGGGAGAAAACAUGAAGCACAAGUACACACUCAGCGGAGAGCUGCCUGAGUUGGUGCAGGCCAAGCUCAAUGCCAUGAACGUCAGUGAGAGCCGUUACAAGGAAUCUUGGACUAAGAUACGCGACGGUGGUUACAAGCUGCGUCUGGACGCCAUUCCUUUCCAGUCCGCCAAAGCCUCCGCGGACAUCCUCAGUGAUCAAAAGUACAAGGGAGAGUUUGAGAGAACUAAAGGAAAGAUGAUUGGACUUAAAGGACUACAGGAUGACUUGAGCAUUGCUCAUUCGGUCCAUGCCAGCAAACUACAGAGCGAUAUCAAGUAUAAGCAAGACUCUGCAAAGCAGCUCUCUAAGUUCCACCUCUCCAUGGACAUGAUUGAGGUUGCUCAUGCUAAAAAGGCUCAGUUGUUGGCCAGUGAUCAGGACUACAGGCUCUCUCUACAUCACUAUACCUCACUACCUGAUGACAUGAAGGUGCAGGCUGCCAAAAAAGCCUAUGCUCUGCAAAGUGAGAGAAUGUAUCGCUCAGAUCUGAAUUAUCUGCGGGGUGCAGGCUGGAUUGCUACUGGUGCUCUGCAAAUUGAGGGUUCAAAGAGGGCAACAGACCUCAUUAGCGAUAAAAAGUACCGCCAGCAGCCAUACAGUUUCAAGCACACCUCUGUUGCUGAUUCUCCAGAUAUCCUCCACGCUAAGCUUAGUGGACAGAUCACAAAUGAACGCUUGUAUAAAGAGAAGGGAGUGAAUGACCAACACAGCUACACUAUAACAUCCGAGAGACCAGAGAUUACACAAGCAAAGAUCAAUGCAGCCAACUUCAGUGAGAUUAGGUACAAAGAGUCCUGGCACACUCUGAGAGCUCAGGGCUACAAGCUCACAAUGCAGGACAUCCCCUUCCAGGCUGCCAAGAGCUCCACGGGCAUUGCCAGUGAUUACAAGUAUAAACACAACCACCUGCUGGACAAGGGUAAACACAUUGGGGUCAAAAGUGUCACAGAUGACCCGUACUUGCUGCACUGCCUGCAGGCUGGCCGGUUGGCCAGCGACCAGGAGUAUCGCAAGGAUGCACUGUUGAUCAGUGGGAAGUACAACCUCACCUCAGACAUGAUCCACCUGGUGGCAGCCAAGAAUGCCCAGGCCCUGGCCAGUGAGCAGGACUAUAGGAAGAGACUACACAACUACACGGUGCUUCCUGAUGACAUGAAGGUUAAGUGGGCCAAGAAGGCUUACAACCUCCAGAGUGAGAAACUCUACAAGUCUGACCUCAGUUUUAUGAAAGGAGUGGCCUGGGAUGGAAUGGGGGCACCUCAGCUGCAAUCAGCCAAAAAGGCUGGAGAACUCCUGAGUAAUAAAAAGUAUCGGCAGCUGCCGGACAGCCUCAAGUUUACCUCAGUGGCUGACUCUCCUGAUAUCAUUCAUGCUAAGACCAGCUAUCAACAAUGUAGUGAGAGGUUGUACAAAUCAGGAAAGAACGACGAUAUGCAUAAAUACACCUUACACUCAGACGAUCCAGACUUUGUCAGAGCCAAGAUCAACGCCCAACAGAUUAGUGAUAAAGUCUACAAGGCAUCUGGGGAGCAGGUGAAGACAUCAGGCUAUGACCUGAGACUGGAUGCUAUUCCCUUCCAAACUGCCAAGGCCUCCAGAGAGAUCGCCAGUGAUUUCCGUUACAAGGAAUCCCACGUGAAGGAGAAGGGCCACCAGGUGGGGCUGCGUUGUGUGGAGGACGAUCCUAAGAUGGUGCACUCACUGGCAGCCAGUAAACUCCAGAGCAACCUGGAGUACAAACGUCAGUCCAAGGAGGACCGAGCCCACUUCAAAAUGCAUGCAGACCAGCCUGAGUUCCUGCAGGCGAAGAAGAGUCAGGCUCAGGCUAGUGACCUCAGCUACCGGCACAAACUCCAUGACUAUACCUGCGAUCCCGAGCAGCUCAAUGUCAAGCAUGCCAAGCAGGCUUACAAGCUGCAGAGCGAUGUAAACUACAAGUCAGAUCUGAACUGGAUCAGAGGAGUGGGGUGGACCCCUCCCGGCUCCCACAAGGCUGAGCUGGCCCGGCGGGCUGCAGAGCUGGGGCUGACUGAGGGAGUGACCACUGAGGAGGCUAUUGCAAAGUAUCAGCACAUGAUGAUGCUGCAUCACCAGCAGCAGAUGGAGCAGCAGCAGCUGCAACAACAGACUGCAGAGCACGUGGAGACGAGCCAGGAGAUUCAACAAGGCGUCAACAUGGACGCCAUGGAGGUCCUUCACGUCAAGAGGAAGAAGACCAUCCAGACCGUUCAGAAGAAAUCUUCUACCACCACAACUUCAUUCAAAUCCAUGGAGAAGAAAUCCAGCUCCUCCUCAUCUGCCUCAACAGCUGCUGUCCAGAACACAGUUAAGAUGACAAAGUCCAGUAAAGCUGCUGCGAUAGAAAACGCAUAG